AUGAGCGUACGGUCGGUUGUGCAAUCAAACAACCUUUUGAAGAGCAGGCUGAGCCAGCUUUCAAGCACACAAACUUUAAGAAGAAGAAUGCCAACCACAAUCUCCAACUUUAACUCCUUUAACUCCUCCAACUUUCUCAACACUUUCAACAAGACAUUCACGAGAUCAAUUUACUUGCAUAGCGGUUCUAGGAUAGAAGGUUUGAAAAGAGACCCCAAGGAGGUAUUCAAGAACCAAAAGGGUGUGCAAUACGGAGCUAAUGACCAAACCUUAAGUCUGAUCAAAUCCUUUUUAGGUUCGAAAUAUCAAAUACCCGAUGAUGUAGCUUUACAAAUCAUUACUCACAAAUCCUUUGGUAAUGGAAUGAAGCCAUACAAUAUCAAGUUAUCGGUGAUGGGCUCUAAGCUACUCAAAUUAUACACGGCAAAAUACGUUAUACAUCAACAAUCAACUACUCCAGAUAAGAUCAAAAUUGAAGGUAAGGAUUUGACCAAGUUGGGCAGUCUCUACUCGAAAGAACUUAGCGGACGAGAUGCUGCUGGAUAUUUUGCCAAAGUCGAAAAUUUAAAUAAAACCAUGUUUUGGGUAUCUCGAGACCCUACAGCAAGUUUUGAAGCUAGUGGUGAAUUAAAAGUUAGCGGUCAGCUUGUACACAGUUUAAUUGGAGCAGUCAAUUUUUACCACGGGAAGGAUGUGGCAGAAGAGUUUAUUGGGGAAAAGAUUAUGAAAGGGCUUGAAGAGAUUACAAAGCAACUUGUCACGAACCAAUAG